UAAAAGGGUUGCAUUUAUUUUACAAAAUCAAGGAAUCAAAAUCCUGGAUAAAAUAUAUUUAAAAAAAAUAUUUUACAGAACGGAAAAACAAAAAAGAAAAACAGAAAAACACAAGAAAAUACAAGAAAAAAAAAAGGAAAUAAUUAUUAUUAUCAAUCCCACAACAUUCAUUACCUGGAUUUGUUUGAAGGAAGAAAUAUACUUAAUUGAACAAGAUAUACCAAGUCUUCAUUAAUAUAAAUAAUUAAUAUAUUGCUGGAGUGAGAGAGAGAGAGGAAAAGAAGGAAAAAUAGAUUUUUUUUUAUCCAUUUUCUACGUUUCCCACCAAAGAAGGCGGACAGGGAGCGACAGACGACCGAGGAAGUUUUACUAAAAAUGUCUAAAUUCGUCUAAAUUCGGAGAAAUUUCUUGCAUUCUACAUAAUAUCUUACGCAACAAGCAUAUUUCAGUGAAAAAUUUAUCAAAUUACGAGGUGUAUAUACUUGUAUACACCCUGUUAAGUUGUCGUCUGGUUUUUACCCCGUCAUAUAUAUAUAUAUAUCUACGACCGAUACAUAAACGUAUAAAAUCGUUUAUUGUGUUUCCAUCAUGGAAGUCUUCGUCCGUUUGUUGUCUAUAACCUUGGUUUUAAUGGCUCUUCUUCAAACAACAGUUCUGCAAAACCUUUCUCUGAACGUUGAGGAGGAUAUUAAAAUGGCAAAUGAUAAUUUUCUUGUAAAGUGUACAUUGUCUAAUACAACUGAGCGCAAUGUCCAACUGAAAUGGUAUAAUCCUAAUAAUGACUUAAUUGUUGAAUCAAAAUUCCCGAGCAUCAGCAUUCGUAACGAUGGACUCAGUAGCAAACUCAUUUUGAAGGAGUUGAAAACAAGUGAUGCUGGGGUGUACGCUUGCAGAGCUGAAGUAAAUGGCAAGAAGUUAGAAGCUAAUACAAUACUGAAAAUAUACCGACCACUUGGUUUUAGUAGUUGUAAAGCAGAGCAGCAACCAAUUAUUUAUACUGAUGCCAGAAUCCGAUGUACUGCAACAGGAGACCCUGCUCCCAAAAUUCAGUGGAGACACAAAUCGAAAAAAAUUAUCACAGCGGGACGUUAUGAAGUGCAAGCUGAUGGCUUGGUAAUUAAGAAUAUUACUAAAGAUGAUAAUGGAGAAUAUAUUUUGGAAGCAGAAAUUGUUACAAAAAGUUCGUAUGAUGAGAAAUCAAUCCUAGUUAAAGUUGUUGUACCUCCCAAGAUAUCAAAGCCACCAGAAGUGAGUAAGCCUGUUGAAGGGUCAGAGUUAUCAUUAAGUUGCAAAGCUACAGGAGACCCUAAUCCUCGAUAUAUGUGGUUUAAGAAUAAUCAAGAACUGACAGAUCCGAGAUUUGAAAUUGACAGCAUUGGUGGUAAAUUAAAGGUGUCCAAUGUAAAAAAAAGUGAUGGAGGCAAAUACAAAUGUAUGGCAAUUAAUGUUGGUGGCAAUGACACUGCUACUGCACAAGUAACUAUUCUUGUUCCUCCUACAGUUGAAAUCCCUCAAACUAAAGAUGGUAAAGAAGGUGAAUCAAUCACUUUAGUUUGUAAAGGAAAAGGUGUUCCAGUACCAUCACUUACCUGGCAAAGAAGUAACGAUGCUCCUUUCCCUAUUGGUGAAAAGUCAAAUGGAGUAUUAGUUGAAGAAACCAAGAAUCAGCCAGAAAAAGAAUUGACUUUAACCAUUGCCUCUCUGACAGCUGAGCAUGCUGAUAAUUACACCUGUAUUGGAGAUAAUGAGGCUGGUAACGAUGCCAAGCGAACCUACCUCAGGGUUGAAUAUAAACCUGUUUUUAUAAAUACCCCCAAAAUUGCUUACAAUUGGAUGGGCAACAAAGCCAACAUAACUUGCACUGCCAAAAGUUAUCCUAAAGCUAUAAUAUCAUGGAAAAGGGGUAAGAAUGAUAUUGGAGAUAGUGACACAUAUAAAAUAUUCAAAAUAGAAGGUCAAGAACAGAUGACCAGCUUACUUCAAGUUAAGGUGACUCCUAGCAACGAGAAGUCUGUAUUCACUGACUAUAAAUGCAUAGCUCUCAGCAUCAGAGAUGAAUCUGAGAUAACAAUAAUUUUAAAGAAAGCAGUUGUUCCUAAACGCCCUUCUAAAGUCAAUGUACUUGAUCCCACUCCAACUACUAUCACAUUGGUAAUCAAUCCUCCAGAGAGUGAUGGCGGUAUCCCUGUCACCCAAUACCAUAUCACUCAGGUUGCUAGUGGCAGUGAAACGAAAACAGAAAAAGAUAUCCCAGUCACUGAACCAAGUAAACCCCAGACUGUUAUACUUGAAUACUUGACUCCAAACACCAAAUAUCAGCUAAAAGUGUUUGCUGGAAACAGAGUUGGACUCAGUACAACAUCAGUUGAUUUAUCUUCUGAGACACCUAAUAUUAGAGCACCAUUUGAUGUAAUCAUUACCUCAAAUAGAUAUGGAACCAGUCCGCAAAGUUACCGGGUGACUUGGGACGAACCCCGCACUGGUGGAGCAGAUAUAGUGUCCUAUUCAAUUCAAUACAGAAUGGUUCAUAUAACAGAAAAAGAGCCCUGGGCAGUUGACAACAGUAAGGAAAAUGGAGACUAUAUGACAAGGACUGUUGAAGGAAAGACCUCUGCAUUACUUACAAACUUAAAAGCUGAUACACACUACGAGGUACAAGUUGUAGCUGUUAAUAAAGUUGGAGGUUCAGCUCCACGACCUGUGAUUAUUGUGACAAAAAAACAUCCAUAUUUUACCACUAUGAGCCCUUCUACUAGGAACCCUACUGGUAUCAGUACUAGCACAACAAGUGGCAUUGCUGUCACUGUGACCAAAGUUGUAACUUCAGUGACCACUGUGGACACGGGUAGUCGAAUAAUGGAUUCCACUGCAUCUUUCAACUGCAAUUCUCACCUGUUAAUGGCAGUGAAUGCCUUCUUGUGUUGUCUGCUGGCACUGCUCUGAGUUUAAAAAUAACAGCAACAAAAACAACAACAAAAAAAAAAAUUAUGAAAGACAGCCUCCCGUGCCCAUUUGCCCGCCCGCCUGCCUAUCCGCCCGCCCGUUUGCCCACCUGCUGUGUUUCUUUUGCCCCCUUCUAUUAAAAUUGGAAAAAAAAUUAUAAAAAAGGCACCAAAUCACUUAAAGAAAAAAAAAACUUUUAAGGAAAAAAAAAUAACAAACCUAAAAACAAACAAAACAAGAUGCCAACAAAACAACAUCAAUGUGUUUGACUGGAAGGAAGUUGGAGGAGGAGGAGGAAAAUAUUUCAAACCAAAAACAAAACAAAAAAAUAUAUAUACAAAAAACAACCUCAAACAAACAAGACUUUACUCCAGUAAUAUCAGUGAAAGAAAAAAAAUAAAAAAAUAAAAAAACAAAUGCAAGUGUGUGGAAUGAACAUUCAUUAUUUUAAAAAGUCGAAAGAACUACAAUAUUUGGAAAUUGAAGCAAGACCUUUUUUUUUAAGGACCUUUUUCUUUUUAAAGUUUUUAAAUAAAAAGCUUAGCUCAGCUCCUAUGUGCACACAUUUUGUGCCUCCAUCAUGUUACCCUGUGGAGGAUUGAUAUCUUUCAGUAACAGUUAAAGAAUUCUCUUGGACUGUGUAGAGACUCUCGGAACCUUCUUUUUUUUUUUUUUUUUCUCUCCCCCUCCCCCCCAGAUUAAAUCAAUCAGUAAAGCUGUCAUGACUCAAACUUUCUAAAACUGGAGAGAAAGAGAACGGGGGGGAGGUCACGAGGAGAGGGGGUCGGAUGUUGUCCACUCCCUCUCCCUCUCUCUCUCCCCCUCUCCCUCCCAACUUCUUACAAGAGUGAAAGUUCAUUUUUAUCUUUUUUUCUCUCUCUCUCUCCCCCCUUCUCUCUCUCCAUUGUGCAGCCACUUGAGUUAGGGUGACCAGAACAAACCACCCCCCCACCAAAAAAACUAAUAAUAAUAAUAAAUGAAAAUGAAUUUUCAUAAUUGUUUGAGAGCGCGUACCUGUGUGUAUAUGUAUGUAUGCGUGCGUGUGUGUGUGUGCAUAUAUGUGUGUGUGUGGUGUGUGUGUGUGUGUAUGUAUGUACAUAUGCUCCCACAUGCAUCCUAUUAAGUUUGGCAUUACACAUUCCCUGAUAUAAUUUGGCUCAGUUGGUGAAGUGUGCAUAGCAAAUUUAUUUUACUUUAUUUUAUUUUUUUUUCUGCAGUGCUUGAUCUAUUACUACACAACACUAUUAUAAUUUAUUUUAAACCCCCUCCCAUCUCUCUCUCUCUUUCUUCUUUCUCUCUCUGCAAAUGUAUAUUUUUCACCAUUGGGUGGGUGAGGUUUAUUUUUCUGUUCUUUCAUUUCAUUUUUCUCUUCUAUCUCUAAAAGUUGAGUAAACCUAGUCAACCAUUCCUUAAAUCUCUCCAAACCAACAAAAUAUUCCUCAAUUAACUAUCUUACUCCAAAGUGUAACCCCCUCCCUAUCCAAUUUAAGUAUAAAAUUUUUCUGUUCUUUUUAAAUUCUCAAGUCUUAGGCAAGUAUUUAAAAAAAAAAAUCCUUCAGUUUUGCUUAUUUCAUAUUUUUUAAAAAUCAGCUUCUAUGGUAUUAAAAUAGCUUUUAUUUCUCCACCCCUUCCUGAUUUUCUUUCUUUACCUGCUUUUUUCGGUUAUGCUUGGAAGUGAUUGUUGAUGUUGACAAUAGCAUCAGGUAUGUAAAUAUAGUCUCUACAAUGUAAUUAGUAGUAUACCUGUUGAAUUUUUUAAAAUCACUGCCUUCAUAAAUUUUAUAAGUCUCAUCAUUUUAAUUUAGGAAACUUGAAUUCAGCCACCAGUUUACAAGGGAUGGAAAUUGAUACUUCUGUCUGACUGAGUGACUAUUAUCUUUGGCAUUAAUACAAUUAAUACUACUACUACUACAAGGUUAUAAAUCUAUUAUUAUUACACUUCAUCAUAUACAAUUACUAAUUGCAGAAGCUUAUUCUCCAAAAUUACGACGAUUAUCAGUUAUUAAUAAUAAUAAUAAUAUUCUGGAAGGUUUUAAGUUGCUUGUAUUUAUUUUGUUUAAUAAUAAUAAAAAAAAAAGGCAAACAAACAAACAAACAUUAUUAGCUAUUUAAAAUGACUUAAAUGUUUGUAUUCUUGUGGGUUUUAAAAACUUUUUCCCCCCCUGAUUAGUUCCAUUGGAGGCUAUUAAAAAUAAAAUACAUACAUAUAUAUAAUUCAUCUUAUGUUUAGGAAGUGCCACUCACCUCUAUCCUUCUGUUAUGCAUUUUGGGAGUUGUUAUGGUACACUUGAAGUUCAGUUGUUUCUGCUAAUGGAUUCAACCAUCAAUAAUUCCUUGAGUGUCUUUUUAUCAUCAUAAUUCACCCUACGACAGCCUCUACUUGUUUUCUAUUUUUUUUUGUGCGCGUGUGUGUGUCUGUUUUUUGUUUUGUUUGUUGAACAUCUUAGGCUUGUGGCAGAGGGGUGUGGGGUGAAGGCGAACUGGUCCUGGUGUAUAUAUAUAUAUGUAUAUGUAUGUAUAUAUAUAUAUAUAUAUAUACAUAUAUAUGUAUAUAUAUAAAAAUGACUGUACAAGCAUGAAUCUCUGAAGGCAUGUCUUUCUCCAGAGUUAGAAAUAUUUAAUGACAGCACAGUGCUUGAUUUUUUUGAGAUGUUCAGUGUUCUUGUCCCCCCUUCAAUCAGAAACAAACAAACCAAACAAGUACAAAAUAUUUAAAUUUCAGUGUAAAUCUUAUAGACUUAAAAAAAAAAUCAAAAAAAAAACAGAAAAAAAAAUCAUAAAAGUCACUCCUUCAAAAUCAAACUUAUAGGUUCUGUUUUUAUAUCAUUUAAAAAAAAAUUAAUCUUAAGUUCUGUUUUUGUUCACUUGUUUAUUAUUAUUAUUUUUUUUUUUGCUACAUGUUUUCAUAUUUUCCCAGAUCUAGUCAUUCAUGUCAAGUUGAAAAAAAAAACCCCCUCUAAAAAGCCUAAGUUUAAAAAAUCUUAUCAGCUAAUCUUCCCUUCCAUUAAAAACAAACAAAAAAAAUCAAUCAAUAGCUUUAUUAAGUCAUUAAUUAUAAUAGGUAUUGGAAUAAUGUCUCAAGUGCUAACUCCCUUACUCAACUGAAAGUGUGUGUUUUUUGUAAAUAGAAGCUAUUUGGUCAAUGUUUGUAUGAUUCUGUGUAUAUGGAAUACCAAAUAUAUCGCAAGUCCAAUGCUAAAAUUUCUUCUAAUUACAUUUAAAGAGAGAGAAAAGAAAAACAAAACAAAAAUACAUUCUAUUUGAUCUCUUUUAUUUUCUGGCCGUUAAUGUUAAUGGUUUUAAUUAGAUUGGCUAUUAUCUUUAACGAUUUGUACCUCCUUUUAGAUAUAGCUUCUUUGUUCUUUUAAGGUCUUUUUUUUUUUUUUUUAAAUUUUUUUUUUUUUUAAAUUUCCUAAAACUCAGCUUUCUAGUUUUUCGUUUCUUUGUACUUAUGGUACUGCCUAAGUUGGUGCUGAAUUCCUUAGAUGACAUUUUCAAAUAAUGCAUCUGAAAAAGAUAAGCCAAUGAUAUAAAGAUACUCAUUUUUAAAAAUCAGAAAAAAAAAAAAUUUUUUUUUAAAUUUAUGUAAAAAAAUUUCAGUGAAAUGAGUUUUUUUCCUUUUUUUUUUUUCUUCCAAGAUUAAUUUUAAUCUUUUAGAUUAGUAUUAGAAAACUUUGACAACACACAAAAAAAAGAACAAAAAAUAUUCUUUUUUUAUUGUUAUUGGGUGGGGUGUACAUUUAUUUUUGUAAAAGAAAAAUUAUUUGAGAUUUUUAAAACUGUGGCUUAGCUAGUUAUUAUUGGAGUCAUCUGUUAUAAUUUUUAGACUGACUUACUGGGGUGUGUGGGGAUUACUGUAUUUACAGAUUUUUAAUAAGUUUUAGAAAUAUUUUAACAGAUAAUCACUAUGUGAUUCUUCCUAGAUUGCUGGAUAUAUUUUUUUUUUUUUUUUUACAUGCAUAAAUGAACAGAAAAAUGUGUUUUUUUUCCCCCCUUUUCUUUUCUUUUGCCUAUUUAUCACUCUUUGAUGUAUAUAUUAUUUUUGGUUGCACUUUAACAUUUUGUUUUCGAUAAUUAAAGAAUUAGUUUUAGUUUAUUUAAAAAAAACAACAGUUGAAAAGCAUUAAACUCCUAAGCUGUUAUAACUGGCAAUAUGCUUUAAAAAAUUUGCAAUAUUCUUUCACCCUACUGACACACACACACACACACAAAUAACUUGUAUAAAUCUUUUGUCAUUUAUGUCUGUCCUUUUUGGGUUUUUUUUUGUUUGUUUUUCAUUUUUUUUUAAAA